UCUCUCGCCUACCGCCGCCUCCAAAAGUCACCGGCAAUGGGAACGACGCGAGUGCCUCUCGCGGGACCUCUGUGUAGUAGGCGAGAUCUUGACAAGGCCGGCACAGUAACGUCUCGCGAGAACAUGACGAGACAGCGUGCGGAGGAAAGCGAAUUACGGCGAGUCCCGGAAGUCUGCCUGUGGUUUCUGCGCUGUGGCGGCUUUUUGAAUGCGAAGCGGUGUAGACGUCUUUGGAAGCUCCCGGCAGGAAUAUGCUGACCCGGCUGAAAGCACCAAGAGAAGGGAAGCUUGCAAAACAGAUUUGCAAAGUUGUGUUGGAUCAUUUUGAAAAACAGUAUUCCAAAGAACUUGGAGAUGCGUGGGAUACAGUAAGGGAUAUCCUCACAUCUCCCUCAUGCUGGCAAUAUGCUGUCCUGCUCAACAGAUUCAAUUACCCUUUUGAACUGGAAAAGGAUUUACAUUUGAAGGGCUACCACAAGCUCUUUCAAGGAUCUUUACCCUACUAUCCUAAAUCAAUGAAGUGUUACCUUAGCAAAACUCCAGACCGAAUGACUUCAGAAAGAUACCAAAUCGGAAACCUGAAAAGAUACUAUCUUUUAAACGCUGCUUCUCUUCUCCCAGUACUGGCUCUGGAAGUACAGGAUGGGGAAAAGGUUCUGGAUCUGUGUGCUGCUCCUGGAGGGAAAUCAGUAGCCCUGCUGCAGUGUGCUUAUCCAGAUUUAUUUUAUCUAUUUGAAAGGCAGAGUGACAGAGAAAGAGAAAGAAAGAGAUCUUCUAUUUGCUGGUUCACACCCCAAAUGGCAACAAUGGCCAAGAUUGGACCACACCUAAGCCAGGAGCCCAGAACUCCAUCAAGGUCUCCCAUCUUGGAGCAAGGGGCCCAAGUACUAGGGUCACCUUUCACUUUGUUCCCAGGUUAUCUUCAUUGUAAUGAAUACGAUAGUCUGAGAUUGAGGUGGCUGAAGCAGACGUUAGAAUCUUUCAUCCCACAGCCUUUGAUAAAUACAAUUAAAGUGUCUGAAUUGGAUGGCAGAGACAUGGGAGAAUCUCAGCCUGAAAGCUUUGACAAGGUGUUAGUUGAUGCUCCAUGUUCAAAUGAUCGAAGUUGGUUGUUCUCUUCUGAUUCACAGAAAGCAGCCUGUAUGAUAAGUCAGAGAAGGAAUUUGCCUGUUCUACAGAUAGAACUGUUAAGGUCAGAGUUACACAGAGAGAAAAGGAGAGGCAAAGAGAGAGAGAUCUUCCAUCCCCUGGUUCGCUCCCCAAUUGGCCGAAACUGCUGGAGCUGCGUUGAACUGAAGCCAGGAGCUUCUUCUAGGUCUCUCAUGCAGGGGCAGGGGCCCAAGGACUUGGACCAUUUUCUACUGCUUUCCCAGGCCACAACAGAGAGCUGAAUUGGAAAUAGACUUAAACCAGCGCCCAUGUGGGAUGCCGGCAUUGCAGGUUGUGGUUUACCCAUUAUGUCACAGCACCGGCCCCAAGAAUUUUAUUUUUUAAAACAUUUAUUUAUUUAUUUAUAAGGCAGAGAGGGAGAAAGAGAGAGAGAGAGAGAUCCCUCUAGUUCACUUCAGAAAUCACUGCAACAGCUGGGUCGGCCAGGCCCUAGUCGGGAGCCAGGAACUCCAUCCUGAUCUCCUAUGUAGAUGACAGGGGCUCAAAUAUUUGAGCUAUCUUCCACUGCCUUCCCAGGCACAUUAGCAGAAAACUGGAUCAGAGGUGGAAUAACCAGGACUGGAACCAGUGCUCCAGAUAUAGUAUGUCAGUAUUGCAUGCAGUAUCUCAACUUGCAGUGCUACGACACUGGUCCCAGUUGAUAGAAUUUUGAAAUUGUAUUUUUAAUUAUAUAAUUCAUGGAAACAUUUACAUUUAAAAAAUAAGUAAAAUAAUGUAGGUCAAACAAAAUCCCCCUUGGCCAUAUACCCAGCCAAAUACCAACUUUCUUCACAGAGUGAACUAUUGGACAUGUUUGGUAUAUAUUCUUUUUUUUUUUUUUUUUUUCUGACACAGAGAGAGAGACAGAGAGAAAGGUCUUCCUUCUGUUGGUUCACCCCCAAAAUGGCCACCACAGCCAGCAUGCUGUGCCGAUCCGAAGCCAGGAGCCAGGUGCUUCCUCCUGGUCUCCCAUACAGGUACAGGGCCCAAGCACUUGGGCCAUCCUCCACUUCUAGGGCCACAGCAGAGAACUGGACUGGAAGAGGGGCAACUGGGACAGAAUCCGGCGCCCCAACCGGGACUAGAAUCCUGGGUGCCGACGCCGCAGGCGGAGGAUUAGCCAAGUGAGCCGCGGCGCCAGCCUGGUAUAUUCUCUUUCAAACUUUUUCUAUACAAUUAUAUACACAUAAAGAAAUAUAUUAAAAAUAGCAACUAGCAUGUAUAUUGUCCAUAACUUCCCCCUUUUUUUGUAUUUAAUAUUUCUUUGUCUUUUCCCUCUAUUUUAUUCUCCUUAAUCUGUGAAAUAUUUAGGAGGAUCACUUUAUUGUAUUCUAUUUAAUACUCUACUUUUGGAUGCUUACCUGUUUUAGUUUAUUUCCAGGUGAUAAAAAUUCAGGUUAGAACAAAUACCAAAGAGCAAACUAUGGCAGGUUUCUGGUCUGUGUUUACUUUAAAUUCAUAGCUAAGUAAGAAUGGCUGAGUGCAAACAGCUACUCUAUGAUUUUUUUUUUUUU